UUCGGUACUGGCGCUUUCUAAGGCCUCCCGUCUUUUUUGGGUCGAGUUGGUUUGCGAGCGGCAAGACGAGGGGAGAAGUUGCGCCGGUUCUCGAGGGGCCUAACGUCAUUUCUGCGAGCGCACCAUGCCUGUCUUCGAUGGCCACGAGUACCUCACCGAAGAAGAGCGGAGGUUGAAGGAGGACCGCGAGCGGAAGAAGUACUGGAAGAAAUGGGGAUCCUACCUCUCUGAGAGGCAGUGGGCGACCGUGCGCGAGGAUUACAGCGCGGACGGAGAUGCUUGGAGUCACUUCCCGCACGAUCAUGCCCGGUCCCGCGCGUACAGAUGGGGCGAGGACGGCAUUGCUGGUGUUUGCGACACGCAUGGCCUGCAGAACAUUGCGUUUGCUUUCUGGAACGAGAAGGACCCAUUCCUCAAGGAACGACUGUUCGGCUUGUCCAACCCACAGGGGAACCACGGUGAGAGCAUCAAGGAGGCUCAUUUUCACUUGGACAAUACGCCACACUCGUAUAUGAAAUACCUGUACAAGUACCCGCAGAAGGAGUUCCCUUACGAGGAUCUGCUCAAGGAGAAUGCGAGGCGCGGCAAACAGGACAGGGAAUAUCAGAUUCUCGACACCGGCGUCUUCGACGAGGACCGCUACUGGGAUAUCUUCAUCGAAACCGCCAAGGAAGACGAUGACCCGGAUGAGCUCCUCUUCCGCGUGACUGCAUGGAACAGGGGCCCCGAGCGCGCACCUCUCCACAUCAUCCCGCACGUCUGGUUCCGGAAUACCUGGUCAUGGGGCCGCGAACCCGCAGAGAACCGGCCUUCUAUGGGUGUCUACGAUGAGAACUUGAUAAAGUCGAAGCAUCACCGCUUAGGAGAGCGUUAUGUCCUCUUCUCGCCAUCGCCCGGCGUCGGACCUAGCGGGGAGGAUGUUCAGCCGGACUUGCUCUUUACUGAGAACGAAACGAACUUUGAGCUCCUGUAUGGUGGGAAAAAUGAGUCAAAAUACGUCAAGGACGCGUUCCAUCGCUACAUCGUUAACCGCGAGAAGGACGCCGUGAAUCCGGCUCAGGUUGGAACCAAAGCGGCCGCCUGGUUCGCGUUCAAUGAAGCAGGCGGUGUCAAUCCUGGCGAGUGCGCAGUUGUUCGCUUCCGAUUCUCCAGGAAAGCCGAGACAUACCUCGAUGAGGAGGAAUUCGACGAUAUCAUUGAGAGGAAGCGGGAGGAAGCUGACGAUUUUUAUUACCACAUCAGCCCCCUGCCGAUGUCUGAUGAUCUCCGCAACAUCCAGAGGCAGGCCUUCGCCGGUAUGAUGUGGUGCAAGCAACACUACCUGUUCAUCUGGGACGAGUGGGCACAUGGCGACCCCAGCCAGCCGCCGCCGCCACCCGGCCGGAAGGGGAUUCGCAACGCUGCCUGGAAACACUUGCACUGUGACGACAUUCUCUCGAUGCCAGACUCCUGGGAGUACCCAUUCUUCGCCGCGUGGGAUACGAGCUUCCACUGCAUCACAUUGGCCAUGAUGGACCCGGACUUCGCCAAGAAGCAGCUGGAUCUCUUCACCCGCGAGUGGUACUGCCAUCCCAAUGGCCAACUUCCUGCAUACGAGUGGAACUUUGGCGAUGUCAAUCCUCCUGUCCACGCCUGGGCGACGUUCCGCGUGUUCAAGAUCGAGCGCAAGUUGUACGGCAGGCAAGACCUCGACUUCCUCGAGCGGGUCUUUCAGAAGUUGUUGCUCAACUUCACCUGGUGGGUGAACCGGAAAGACGUUGAGGGCAAGAAUGUCUUUGAGGGUGGCUUCCUCGGGCUGGAUAACAUCGGCUUGUUCAACCGCUCGGAGCCACUCCCAACCGGCGGCACGCUGGAACAAGCGGACAGCACGGGCUGGAUGGCUUUCUACUGUCUCAACAUGCUCAACAUUGCCCUGGAGCUCGCCAAACAUCGGCGGAUCUACGAGGACAUUGCUACCAAGUUCUUUGAGCACUUUGUCCUCAUCAGUGACGCCAUGACGUUCCGGAUGGGUCAGAAGGACGAGAAGUCGCUCUGGAACGAAGAAGACGGCUUCUACUACGACGCGAUUUCGUGGGGCGGCCCCUGGAUUCAGCAGAUGCCUGUCAGGUCCCUGGUUGGCCUGAUCCCCCUGUACGCGACUCUCACGCUCGAACCCGAGCUCAUCAACAAGCUCCCCACCUUCAAAAAGCGCGUUGAGUGGUUCAUGGCCAACCGCUGCGAUGUUGCCGAAAGGACAAUGCACAGCAUCCGCACCCGCGGCAAGGGCAACAGGAUCCUCCUGUCGCUUGUGAACAAGGAGCGGCUCAUCAAGAUCCUCGAGCGUAUGCUGGAUGAAGACGAAUUCUUGAGCCCACAUGGUAUCCGUUCCCUGUCCAAGUACCACAAGGAUCACCCUUACUCCAUGCAAGUUAACGGCCAGGUCUUCAAGGUCGGCUAUGUCCCUGGCGACUCGGACAGCGGCCUUUUCGGCGGCAACAGCAACUGGCGGGGACCAAUCUGGCUGUGUGUCAACUUCCUCCUGGUCGAGUCGCUCCAGCGCUUCUACCUAUUUUUUGGACAGGAUCUGAAAGUCGAGUGCCCCGUGGGAUCAGGCGAUUACAUGCAUCUUGGGCAUGUCUCGGAGGAGAUACAGCACCGGCUGCAGCAUCUCUUUGCUCGCGACAACGACGGCCGCCGCAGCAUCAACGGCGGCAACGACAUCCUCGACUUCGAUCCGCAUUGGAGAGACUAUCUCUGGUUCUACGAGUUCUUUGACGGAGACACCGGCCGCGGCCUUGGUGCAACCCAUCAAUGUGGUUGGACAGGCCUCAUCGCACGGAUGAUCCACGACACUGGCGUAAACUGCCGCCUCCCACAAACCCCACGCACCCCGCGUGCUGGUCUGUCCCACUACUUUGACGACAUCCUCCACCGCGGCGCAUACCUGAACGGGCCCCAGACCCCUAUGCUCUCCCCUACCGCCCCGCGCCUCCGCCGCAGCUCGACCAGCCGCUCGCUCGCCGCCCGCAGCGACUACAGCGUAAGCGAUAUAAACCUCAACGUCGGGUAUGACGGGCACAGUGACGAGGACGAGAAUGGCGAGGGUGGCGGCGGAACGAAUUCUUUAAGAAGGGGGUCAGUCAACCCGGCGCUGCUCAACGAUCCGGAAAGGGUCAAGGCGAGGGCCGAGGCGGACGCGCACCUGCAUUCGUACAUCACCCAGCAGCUCGAGAAGGUCAAGAUGGAGAGGCUAGAGGAUGGAUAUGAGACUCUCGAAGGGGACGAAUUCGAGACCAAGGCUUAGUAGGAGUUCGGGAGUUCCCCCUCCCUCUACCUCUACCCCCUCUAAGCGUCGCAAAGACGUUGAAUCGGACGGAAUCUGGGGAUAUGGGGUGUUCCAAGGUGUACGAGCGAGCUGCCUGCGGACU